UCCAAAAUCCUAUCUUUGUGGCUGCGAAAGCUCGGCGAGAUUUCUCUCUCACUUUCUCUCGUCGCGUGAUCGCGUGGCCGUUCAUGGCUGAGAAGCCCGCCAUAAAUUGAAUAACCCACAUCAACGUCGCUCUCUACUCCAUCAAACAUGCAAAACCCGUCAACGGUAACGCAGGAAUCAGCCCCCGUCUUCGAUUCCGUUACCCGACUGGGCGGUUUCGCUUUCAGUCAUCGAUCUCUAAGCUCGAAUUCAGAUGGGUUUGCUCACUCGACGCUGAAUUCCUGUUCCUUCCAUGGCUUCCGCAGCUUACCCGCCCAAAGGGGACGCAAAACCCUAGCGUCAUUGAGCCUGAACAGCAGUAACAAUGCCGGUACGAGUUUACAUGGGUUCAUCAGAGAUUUCAACAGGUUUGUUAGGUUUCACUGCGAUAGGGUUCCGGAGGCAUUUGCCUCUGUCGGAAUUGGGUUGUCGAGUGAAGAAAACGGGUUUAGAGAAGAUGGGCAUGGUGUUUCUGGGGAUGAGGGUCCGCCAUUGGAUGGGGUUGGAGCUGAUCGACGGAAGAAAGUGUUGAUUCUGAUGAGUGAUACUGGCGGUGGUCACAGAGCUUCAGCGGAAGCCAUUAAAGCUGCUUUCAAUGAGGAGUUUGGAGAUUACUACCAGGUGUUUAUUACCGAUUUAUGGACAGAUCACACUCCAUGGCCGUUCAACCAGUUACCCAGGAGCUAUAACUUUCUGGUCAAACAUGGAACUCUGUGGAAAAUGACAUAUUACGGAACUGCUCCACGUGUUAUUCAUCAAUCUAAUUUCGCUGCAACUUCAACCUUUAUCGCCAGGGAGGUGGCAAAAGGGUUGAUGAAAUAUCAGCCAGACAUCAUAAUUAGCGUUCAUCCGCUGAUGCAACAUGUCCCACUUCGUAUCCUCAGAUCAAAGGGCUUGCUCGAGAAAAUCGUUUUUACCACAGUUGUAACAGAUUUAAGUACUUGCCAUCCAACAUGGUUUCAUAAACUUGUGACAAGAUGUUAUUGCCCAUCGACGGAGGUGGCCAAAAGGGCACUGAAAGCUGGACUUCAACCGUCACAAAUCAAGGUUUAUGGCCUCCCUGUCCGACCUUCCUUUGUGAAGCCUGUUUCCCCAAAGGCCGAACUACGAAGAGUUCUAGGAAUGGAUGAGAAUCUUCCAGCUGUACUGCUUAUGGGCGGCGGAGAAGGAAUGGGACCCAUCGAAGCCACAGCACGAGCUCUUGGCAAUGCGUUGUAUGACGAGAAUCUCGGGAUGCCAAUGGGUCAGAUGCUUGUGAUUUGUGGGCGGAACAAGAAACUUGUCAGCAAAUUAGGCUCCUUAGAAUGGAAAAUUCCUGUCCAGGUUAAGGGUUUCGUAACAAAAAUGGAGGCGGCAAUGGGUGCCUGUGACUGCAUUAUAACAAAGGCUGGUCCCGGAACUAUAGCUGAAGCUAUGAUACGAGGGCUACCGAUCAUUUUAAACGGCUAUAUCGCUGGGCAAGAGGCGGGGAAUGUGCCGUACGUUGUGGAAAACGGGUGCGGGAAAUUCUCGAAAUCUCCGACGGAGAUAGCGAGAAUCGUGGCGGAAUGGUUCGGACCGAAGUCGGAGGAACUGAAGAUAAUGUCGGAGAAUGCAGUAAGGUUGGCGAGACCAGAGGCUGUGUUCAAAAUCGUUCAUGAUCUUCACGAGCUCGUCAAGCAGCGCGAUAACUGUCUUCCCCCCAUCUCUCUUGCUCAGCCUAAACCCUCUGUUCCUGUUUAGGGAAAUAGCUGAGUAAUGAAUUAUCACAAUUUUCCUUUUUUUAUGCAUUCGGUGCAGAUGCGAGGUUUGAUUUUUUUUUCCUUUUAACGUAAUUGUUCCUAUAAUAUUGGAAAAACUGGAUUUGAUACUAAACUCUCAUAUACAUUUUUAAAAAUAUUUUUGGAAAGGUUUGA